AUGAAUACAGACAAUCUUAGCAUAAGUGGACCAGGUGUUGGUGGUCCGAAUGAUCCAUACAGUCAUCAUCAUCAUUUAACUCAACAUCAUCAUCUUCUUCCACCACAUCAUUCACAACAUCCAUCAUCAAUGUAUUGUUCUUCAUCCAAUCCUUAUACUGAAUUUUUUUCUCCUUUUUCAACGGAUUUCGUUACAUCUCAUGAUACUAGUACAAAUCCAGGUGUAUCUACUGAUUAUCUUUCUUUACAAAAUUCUCUUGAAUAUGUUGUUUCUCAUCAUCAUCAUCAUCAACAACAACAACAACAACAACAACAUCUACCACAACAUCAUCAUCCUCAUCAUCAUCAAAUAGCUAGUACAUCAAAUGGUGAACGUACAUCAGCAUCAAUUAAUACUGGUAUUAAUGGUUCUGAAUCUUCACCAUCUCAUUCAUUUGGUACAAGUAGUGGCUAUUCAUCAUCAGUUGAUUAUUAUAAUACACCGGUUUUAACUUCAAAAGCAAUUAUUAAUAAUACGAAUACAUCAAAUACAAAUUCUAAUAACAAUAAUAAUAGCAGUACAUCAACAACAAAUACAAAUAGUCAUAGUCCAUAUGAUGGUACAUCAACAGCAAGUACAUCAUCACCACCUCAUUCAACAGGUUAUUUAACUACAACAAUUAAACAAGAAACUAUGAUGCCUACUCCAUUUACUAUAGAUCCACAUAAUAAUUAUGGAAAUAUUAAUGGAACAACAUCAGCAACAAGUACAAGUUCAAGUAAUAAUAAUAACAAUAACAAUUUUGGUCUUGGUAUUGAUGAUUAUGGUUCAUCAAUAUAUCAUCCAUCUGCUACUAGUACAUAUCCAUCUUAUUCACCAACAGGUCUUUUACAAACAUCAUAUUCAGUUGGAUCUUAUGGUGUUUCUCAUCCAGAUCAUAUGCGAUUGUAUAGUUCACAAUUAAAACAUGAUUUUGGAAUUGAUAUGCGUUUUAAAUUAGUUGGAAAUCAAAGAGUUUCACCAAAUGCAGAUGUAUCACCAUCACAAUUGUGUGCUGUUUGUCAAGAUACAGCUCAAUGUCAGCAUUAUGGUGUUCGAACAUGUGAAGGAUGCAAAGGAUUCUUCAAACGAACAGUACAGAAGAAUGCUAAAUAUGUAUGUUUAGCAGAUAAAAAUUGUCCAGUUGAUAAACGACGUCGAAAUCGUUGUCAAUAUUGUCGAUUUCAAACAUGCUUAGCUGUUGGCAUGGAUAAAGAAGUUGUUCGCACAGAUACAUUAAAAGGUCGUCGAGGUCGUUUACCAUCAAAACCUAAAAGUCCAAGUUCACGACAACCAAAUAGUUUUCAAACACAAUUUUGUCGUUUCUAUAAUGAUUCCAUACCAAAUCCUGCCAGUCUUGAUUUUAGCAAAUUGAAUUAUCGAACAGUAACAAAUAAAGAAAAUUUAUCUGAAGAAAAAACUCUUGUUUAUGAUGCAAUAACACGUUCAUGCGAUAUAAUCAAACAAUGGGUUGAUAAAUUUUCAUUAUUUUAUUCUAUACAAAAUAAUGAACGUGAUCGUGUCUAUUCAAAUUGUUUAUUAGAACAAAUUAUAUUUCGAAUGGGAACACGUCUUGAUGGUGAUCGUGUUAUUUUAUGUUCAGGUAUGGUUGUACAUAAAAUACAACUGAAUUAUUUAUUAGGUGAUGUUGCACAACAAAUAUAUGAUUAUGGAUCAACAUUAAAAAUGUAUAAAAUUGAUUCGAUUAUUGCACCAACAUUAGCAUCAAUAUUAUUACUUGAUCCAAAUAAUUCAGAUUAUGUAUAUCAUCAAACACCAUUAUCCGCAACAGUUAAUGAACUUUAUCAAAAAAUGAUUGAUUCAUUAAAAGAUUAUUUAAAACAACAACAAGAAGAUAGUUCAAUUUAUUUACAAUUAUUAGAAAGACUUAAUGAUGCUAGACGUAUUGCACAUUGUUUAAGAAAACGUUUAUUACUCUAUCGACAUACAAUUGGAUUAACAAAUUCAAUGAAUACAUUACUUGAUUUAAUACUUGAAUGUAAACCUCUAUCAACUGAUGUACAUCCAACAGAAGAUACUUCAACGUUACCAUUUAUUCAAUAUGAUUAA